AUGGAUCUGAGUAGUAACAUUCUUAUAGAGGAAAUACCAUUGGAAAUCACAAAUUUGCUAAGCUUGGAGAAGUUGAACCUCUCCCACAAUAAACUCUCUGGUCUCAUUCCAAAGAGUUUUGAGGAUAUGCGUGGCUUGGCAUAUGUUGAUCUAUCGUACAAUCAAUUGCAAGGUCCUAUUCCCAUGAGCAACGCCUUCAUGAAUGCAUCAAUAGAAGCACUACAAGGGAACAAAGAUUUGUGUGGAAAUGUCAAAGGCUUGCAGCCUUGCAAAAUUCUUUCUGCAAUACACAAACACACUCUAGAAAAAGGGACACUUGUUCUUAUAAUCGUGCUCCCUCUUGGUGGAGCACUCUUACUUUUAGGUGCAUUCAUCGAACUUUUCAUCAUCUUCGAUUCAAGAAAUAGAAAGUCACAAGUUGAAAAGGGUGACACCCAAACCCCAAAUGAAGAUUUGUUAUCAAUAUCAAUACUCGAUGGAAGAACAAUGUACAAAGACAUUGUAAAAGCUACCAAGGAUUUUGAUGCCACAUAUUGUAUUGGAAAAGGAGGAUACGGAACUGUCUACAGAGCGAAGUUACCAUCAGCUAAUAUAGUAGCUGUGAAGAAACUUCAUCCGUUAUCCGAGAGGGCUGAUAGGAAAGAUUUCUUAAACGAGGUAAGGGCAUUGACAGAAAUUAAGCAUCGAAACAUAGUGAAGCUCUUUGCAUUUUGUUCGCAUGCUCAACACUCUUUUCUAGUUUAUGAGUACCUCGAAAGAGGUAGUUUGGCUGCAAUUUUCAACAAAGAUGAAGAAGCUAAAGAAUUGGAUUGGCCAAAGCGGGUGAAUAUUAUUAACGGUGUGGCAAGCGCUUUGUCAUACAUGCACCAUGAUUGCACACCGCCCAUUGUUCACAGAGACAUUUCCGGCAACAAUGUUUUGAUUGAUGAGGAGUAUGAGGCUCGUAUUUCGGACUUUGGCAUUGCCAAGCUUUUGAAACUAGAUUCCUCUAACUGGAGUACAUUUGCAGGCACAUACGGAUAUGUAACUGAAAAGUGUGAUGUUUAUAGCUUUGGUGUGUUGGCACUGGAAGUGAUUAAAGGAAAGCAUCCGGGAGACUUCAUCACCUUCCUGUUGACCCCAGCUGUUGAGAACAUACAACUAAAGGAUGUAUUGGACCAACGCCUUUCACCUCCCUCCCCUGAAGUUGAGGAGGUAGUGAUGCGUAGUGUAAAAUUGGCAAUUGCAUGUUUGCAUGUCAAUCCACAAUCUAGGCCAACCAUGUACAUUGUUUCUCAAUUGCUAUCCACUCAAAAAAUUUCGUAG